UGCCAUUAUUUUAAAAGAUGCUAUUGCCAUGAUUUCGUGACGUUCGUGUCUUCGUGACAAAACCGAAUCUUCAUUCAUUACGAAUGAAUCUUCGUGUGAUUUUUCUACAAAUAAUAAUUUCUCGGGUUCAGUAAAACGCGAAUCGAAGUUCAUUGUAAACAAUGUGUGAUAUCUACAUAGCGGUUGUGUGUUCUUCGAACAUGAACCGAAGUAUGGAGGCUCAUGCAUUUCUGGCGAAGAAAGGCUUCAAAGUAAAGUCUUAUGGCACAGGAGAAAAGGUUAAGUUACCAGGUGCUUCUGCAGAUCGACCGAAUUGUUAUGAAUUUGGAGUCCCAUACGACGACAUUUACAACGAUUUGUUGGAGAAGGACAAAGUAUACUAUACACAAAAUGGCAUUCUUCAUAUGUUAGAUAGAAACAGAAGAAUCAAACCCAGUCCAGAGAAGUUUCAGAUAUCAACAGAGAGAUUUGAUGUUAUAAUAACAUGUGAAGAAAGGGUGUAUGACCAAGUUAUAGAGUGGUUUGGAUCAAGGAGGUCAGUGUAUAACCAGCCGGUCCAUGUUGUGAAUAUGGACAUACAAGACAACCACGAGGAAGCAACUAUUGGUGCAUUUUUGAUAAGUGACAUGGUCACUAAGAUGGCUCAAAGUGAUGAUUUAGAUAAUGAUAUUGAUGAACUAUUACAUGAGUUUGAAGGAAAAUGUCACCGGCCAAUUCUUAAUUGUAUAAUGUUUUACUAAGAUAUGUACUUGAAA